AUGACUUCAAGAAGAAACGAAUAUUUAUCAAGUGCAGCAUAUAGAAGGCUAACUGAGGAACAGCGAGAAUCAUAUAUACAAUCUUUAUUUGAUGAAAUUUGUGACGAUGACGCUCCCUAUGACUUUGACUCAGAAGAUGAAGAAGAAAUUCAAAUCAAUGACAUUGAAAUUGCUGAUGACGAUGCUGAAGUUUCGCAAAGUGCCGCAGAAGUAUUACCUGAUUAUGCGGACUAUGAGGAUGAUGAAGAAGACGAUGAAGAAGAAGAAGUAGAAGAAAAUAAUGAAUUACCUGCUAGUGCCGAAAAAUUUGUUGCACGUGAUGGUACUGAGUGGAUGAAAGAACCAAAUAACCGUUUAAUAGGUAUGUUAUAUUUUGAGGUACCCUCGUAG